AUGGCAUCGAAAAAGCCCAUUCUCUCGCGUCGCAAUACCAGAUCUGAAGGCAACGAGCAGACCGAACUAGAAACUCUCGGCAGGCGUGCAGAAGACCCGGCGGCUAGCGACGCUACUCGCAAUGCCACUGUGCGAACCAACAUGGUCCCAGGAGAAUUGAGCAGCAGAACAGGUGAUAGUAGUGGAACAGUUCAUGAUGGUGCAGGCCCCAAUCCCCCGGGAACUGUCAACGGAGCAGGAACUUUGAGAAGGCCCAAGUCCUUGAUAGGACGCGCACGCUGGGAGGAACACAAAAAAUGGACAUUCAAGCGGAACGGCUACUUAUGCACACUCGCAGGAUUCAACCUUAUCCUCGCCUCCAUCUUCCUUGCCACUAGUGAUGCGGCUUUCUGGCUUUGUUACGACACUGCUGGACUUGCAUUUCGUAUUCUUUUCACAAUUGUUGCACUCACACCCCUGUUUCUUAUCAUAAUUGCAUUCAUUCACAGCUACUUCAGACACAAUUGAUUUAUAUAUUAAAAGAUGGUCCUCAAUACCUAUUACCAUUGUUUUGUAUCUGUAGUAGAAAUGG